CAACUGUAGUUUCCUUAGCGACAAUAUGGCUGCGUCCAUAAGAUUUGGUGCUCGCAUCGGAAACUCGAGGAUUUCUGCGAGAAAUCUCGGUGCCUCUUUACUGAACCACCCUAGCGAUUUUAGAACAUUGAUCUACCAACAUGUGAAAGUGUCACAUGCUCAAGAGCGCUGUGUAUUAGGACGUUCUCCAAAGUAUAUCGCAGUAGGGACACCGGUUUGGAGGUGGUUUGUAGAACACUCCGGAGCACAAACCUGCUGGAACUGUAAUAAAACAGUCAGCUUUAGAGACUUACUCUGCAAAUCGUGCGACAGUCUUCAGAAAGUGAAUGAGAAUCUGAACUACUUCGAAGUGUUCGGAGAGUCGCCACGCUACGACCUCGACGAAAAAAGACUACAGGAGACUUUUCACGAUCUCCAGCGAAUACUCCAUCCUGACAGGUUCACGAAGAAAUCGGAGAAAGAGAAGAAGUAUUCCGAUGACCACUCUGCGUUUGUGAAUCUCGCCUACCAAGUCAUCUCAAAGCCUGAGAAGAGAGCUUUCUAUUUGCUGAGGCUACAUGGCAAGGAUUUGGAUGCCGUGCAGUUGGACUCAACGUUUUUGGCCUACAUGAUGGAAUUGAAUGAACAGUUAAGUGAGAACAACAAGAACGUCGACCUUGCACCGCGCCUUCUUCAAGAAGUUAACAAAAAUUUAGAGAAGCUAUCUGACGAACUAAGUACAUCUUUCGCGAACAAUGAGCUUGAUAAGGCUUGUCUGGCACUGGCCAAGAUUAAGUAUUUCAGGAAUGUCGAGGAUAAGCUUAAAGAACAGCUGCGCAAUCAUGCUUAAUUUAGUUUUGUUUUUUUUUCACAUUGUCUGUGCAAUUUUGUAAACUACUUUUCACUGGGUGAAUAAUAAAGUACGCUCUAGGCGGAGAAAGAACAUGG